GGCAUGGACCUUAAGUGGAGCUGAUAGCCACAGCUCUAGCAACCAAACCCCCCAAAACAACUAUGCUGACAUGAGACAUAAAACACUAAAAGGCAGCUAUGUGUGACCUCGACUAGGAGCUCCCAGGUGAAACAUGGAGUUCCUCACUCUGUUUGCUAUCUACGUCGUGGUGGUGCUGACAUGUAUCGUCCUCGUCUGCAAAUACUCCGGCCAGCAGAAAACCCCUUUUACUGUCAUCUUCAACUUUCUAGUAAAGGUAGUUUCACCAUUUACGCCCAAAUGGCUCCAAAAGCUUUCACAAUGGACCUUACACAGGCUGUUUCAUCAGAGGAACAACAUGUUCAUCUAUCUGCAUAUCCUGCUGGAAGGCGCCGUGUAUGCAGAGUUCACGUAUGAGGUGUUUGGCUUCUGCAGGGAUAUGGACACUACUCUGACCAGCUUGUCUGUGCCUUACAUCCUGUUGGCCAUAAAGUCUGUUUUCUUCUACCUCUGCAUCAAGAGAGAUCCAGGCACAGUGACAAAGAAGAAAGUCGCCGGCCAGCUGCAAAUCUAUCCAUAUGACAGGAGGCUGUUUCACCCGGGAGUCUCCUGUCCAACCUGCCAGCUCGCCAAACCAGCUCGCUCCAAACACUGCAGGGUCUGCAACAGGUGUGUUCAGCGUUUUGAUCACCACUGUGUUUGGGUGAACAACUGUAUCGGUGCUCAGAACACACGUUACUUCCUGCUUUACCUCUUCAGUGUGUGUGCCAUGGCAGGAGACAUUGCCUUACUGACAGCAGACAUGCUGUUUCAUGCUGUACUGCGGUCAGGGCUUCUGAGGGCCAGUUAUAUAGAUGAAUAUGGCCAGCAGCAAGCAGCAGGACCUCUGUUUGUUGUACAGCAUCUGUUCCUCACCUUCCCCCGAAUCAUCUUCAUGCUGGGUUUCCUGAUAUUUGUCUUCUUCCUGCUGGCGGGCUACGCCCUGUUCCACUCUUACCUGGCUCUUGUCAACCAGACCUCCAACGAGUGGUACAAAAGUCGAGGUUAUGUUUGUCAGCACUGCCACCCAACCUCUACACCAGACAAUCUCUGUAGCACAGUGCCAGAUCACUCAAAAAGAUACUACUACAGUAGGGGGCUACUCCGAAACCUGGGUGAGAUUUUCUCCCCUCUGCAACCUGUUAGGAAAAAAGACAACUGAGAGAGACUACUGCCUUCUGUGUUUUUAUGCUGCAUUAACUCUACGUUACCCUCGUAUUUACUGUACAUGAGAUCUAUUGGUACCACUACAGGGAAAAUAAAGUUUAUG